CGCACACACACACACACUCAUUCGCUCACAAGCUUGGAAGAAGGCAGUAAAAAGCACAAAGUAUCGUAAAAUUGAAUGGAACAAAAUCUCUGAAUAGAAUAGAAAACACAUUACCGUUUUUAGUGAAUUCAAUGAAUUGAAAAAGUGCGAAAUAGAGAGGCAACAGAAAUCGAACAUAUUUUUCGAUCGUUCACAAUACAUAUAGCAUAUAUACAUAUAGAUUCAACUUUACUUUAACGGCCAACAAUCAAGUGGAAUAUGAAUUAACUAAGUUUGCCAGAGCCGGGCGUUUUACAUGCAAACGAAACAAAAAGAGGAAGCGAGCGAAGCAAACGUGGAAAAAUAUUAUCGAAGAAGAAGACGACGACGACGACGAAGAGGAAGAAGAAGAAAAAAAAGCCCCAGUUGCGAAAAGUUUAAAUAUUUAGGGGAAAGCAAAUAGCAACCAAUCGCAGAUAGGAAUUCCUAGACCAUUGCCAUAUGAUUUUCGCCUCUUUGUUGCAUAUGCCAUUGUCGCUGGCUGACGCUUCAUAACCGAAUAACAAAAGAAGAACAAGAGUAGCCAACCAGAGCAAAAGACACACAUACAUACCGUGAGCAAGUACAAGAGCGAAAAAGGACAACAAGAGCACAACAAUCGCGCAUAAGCAACGGCUGCAACAAAUUACGCAUUUCAAAGGAAGAAAGAAAAAUAAAUGAAUGUAUUAGCAACAAUUCCCGCCGAAGCAGACACUCUGCAGAACAACAACAAAAAAAUCGCUAAAAAAUACACGACAUCAAAUAGAAAUCGCUAGUUAAAUAACAGCUGAAGUGGCAACAUUGCCCCGACACUGAAACUAGCAUAAGUGGAAGAACAAAAAAGAGAACGAGAACGAAAACAAUAAACGGAUAGAGGGAACGAAAAAGUGGAGAAACAGAGCGAGAGAGAGAGAGAGAGAGAGAGAGAGCGUGAGAGCAGUAGAGAAGAGAGAAAAAAAACCAACCGAAACGCAUCAUAAAUUAACAUGGCAUUUAUUGCGGAUAAUACGACCGAAGAAUUUCUCGCAACGGUUGGAAAUUCAUCAUUUAAUCGUCAUUUGACCUCUACAAAUGAAACAAACCCAAAUACAACCGUCAUUCAUGAUCCGGGCUAUCCCAGCGGAUACAGUCUUACUCAUAUCGUAUUUGCAUCAAUUGUAGUCACACUUUUAAUGAUUAUUAUUGUUGUUGGAAACAUGCUAGUUAUUAUCGCAAUCAUCACCGAAAAGUCGUUGAAAAACAUUCAGAACUGGUUCAUCGCAUCACUCGCUGUAGCCGACUUUUUUCUCGGCCUUGUAAUUAUGCCAUUCUCAUUAGCUAAUGAAUUAAUGGGCUACUGGAUAUUUGGCAGUUGGUGGUGCGACAUUCAUAGUGCCAUGGAUGUGCUCUUAUCAACCGCCUCAAUAAUGAAUUUGUGUUUGAUAUCACUGGAUCGAUACUGGAGUAUAACGAAAGCAGUGGAAUAUUUGAAAACGCGAACGCCCGCCCGCGCAUUAGUUAUGAUCGCUGCCGUCUGGAUAAUGUCAGCGCUAAUAUGUAUACCGCCGUUGCUCGGAUGGGGUGUAAAACGGUCCGAAGAUUCACUGCCACAAUGUGAGCUAAGUGACGAUUUGGGUUACGUCCUGUAUUCAGCGCUCGGUUCUUUCUACAUUCCUAGUUGUAUUAUGGUUUUUGUAUAUAUUCGAAUUUAUUUUGCGGCGAAGGCGCGUGCACGGAGGGGUAUCAAGAAAAAACCACUAAAAUCAACACAAGAACAGGUUACUAGCUUCACAACAAAAACAAACCCAAUGCCAUGUUUGCCAAGUACAUCACAAGAUAACAAUCAUCAUCAACAACAAAUAGCUACAAUCGAAACGCGCACCGAAGCGAUACCAAUUCCAAUAGUAACGUGUGAUUUUGCUUCUGAUGUUUCGACGAGCGAAGCGGCCGAAAUGGAAUCAAACCAAAAUUACGAAAAAGAUACGCUUAAGGUAUGUUCAAUAGCAGCAUCAACAAAUUUACAGAUCUCAUCGUCGGCGGGUGGUGAUGGUGGAACGUCAACGAUCGGAACCGCAUUGAAUGCAUUAAAAGCGAAUACGAAUGGUAGCUCGUCACCUUCGAACGAGCUCAAAGUAUCGCCAACAUUUAACCGGUGUCGAGCGCUGUCUGUGGGCAUCGAUAAUGAUAUGGUCAGCGAAUUCGAUCCAUCUAGUUCUGAUUCGGGUGUAAUAAGCCGAUGUGCAGUAGUCAAACCGUUAAAAUUUCGAUUGUGUCAACCGAUAUUCGGGAAGCGAAAUCACCAUAAAAGCAACACCGAAAGCGCCAAAGUGCAGCACAACAAGCAUAAUAUGGUCGAAUCAACGGAACUCGAACCGGCCAUACCAAAAGUGCAGAAGCAACGCGAUCCCGAAAAGGAGAAGCGACGAAUAGCACGGAAAAAAGAGAAACGAGCCACACUUAUACUCGGCCUAAUCAUGGGCAGUUUCAUCGCAUGUUGGCUACCGUUCUUUGCAAUGUAUAUAUUAACACCGAUGUGCACGCAAUGUGAUAUACCUGGAUCAGCGUUUGACAUCGCAUUUUGGCUGGGCUACAUGAAUUCAGCCCUGAAUCCGGCAAUCUAUACGAUAUUCAAUAAGGAUUUCCGGCGCGCCUUUCGUCGUAUAUUGUUUAAGUGAUGUUUGGCUUAUGUGUGCUGCUACCGGUGCGUUUACAGGAGCAUUGAAAAGGCUACUGAACGCUCAAUGGGUGGCGGUGCACCGCUCGGCUAUCAUGGUUAUCUCCGACGUUAGUUAUUACAUACCGAUAUACCAAUUGAACAAACAAACAAGCAAACAAACAACAACAAACACAAAAUAAAACAUUUAUUUUGGUUUUGAUUUUGUGUUUACUAAUAAAAUAAAGAGAAAAAAUAGCAUAAAACUGAAACAAAGAAGACUAUUUCAAAUCGAGUUUCACAUCACAUACACAACAUAACAUAACAUAGCAUAACAUAACCUAACAUACACAUCCAAGAGUUUGAAAACUAACGAAAAGUAAACACAACGCACUGUUUCAAGCGAAAAAUUGCGUGAAUGCAUUGAUCGCGCCCCAAAAAUAUGCCAGUAUCAUACAAUCAUAUACCGCAAGUGUUCUACAUAUGUUAUGUUACUACCAAACAAUAUUUGCGCAACGGAACAAAAACAAUAUGGAAAAACAAACCAUACAAAACUCAAAGUGAAACCAUAAAAAAAGCCACGACAACAACAAAUCAUUUAACCAGUAUCCAUUCAUAGCUUGGAAAAGUUGUUCAUAUUUUAAACGAUUUCAUGUUUUUCUAUUCUACGAAAAUCUAUUAACAAAACAUAUAUAGUAUAUCAAUGAAGCUAAUAAAAAUAAAGAAAAAUACCAACAAAGAAAGAAAAAAAAAUCGAUUGAAAAACCAAUUUCGUCUAAGAACCAUUGCUAAAAACAACCAAGAAGAAAUAACUUACAACCGAGCGAAAGGAAAUCAAUGAAAAGGAACUUUUAAUCGAAACACUUUUAUCAAAAUUUCAAUAUUUUUUAGGAAAUUUUUUUUAUAAAAUUCUGCAUAUAAAAAAAAAUACUUGAAGAAAUACAUCUAGAUAUUAAUUAUGACUAAUCUUGUAAAUAUCACACCAUUAGAUUAAGUAAGAGACUAAGAAAUAAGGAGAAUAGAAAAAGUACAUCUAACAGUAGCUUAAAUCGUCUUAAAUAGAACAGAAUAAACAAAACAAAUUUAUACUUACAUUCAAACAGAGAGAAAGCACAGCACAUGUGAAACAAAUGUGUUAAUGACAUUUCAGAAAGUAAAAAAAAUGAAAAUUCAUUGUAUAUAACGAACUAGUUAAAGAGCGUCAAACAUAUAACAUUCAACUCGAAUUGAUUUAUUUUUAAACAUUAAUAUCAUCAAAGCAUCAACAACAACCACACACAGCAGCAGCAACCAAAGUGAAUGAACAAUUAUUUUUCUAUAAACCAUUUUUAUUUUUAUUGUUCCAUCUUAUUUGAGAUUCUUCAUGUAGCUUCCUAAUCUUUAACUGAAAUGUUAAAGAUUAAACCAAAACGAGAAAAUAAUUGAACAUUAGUGGGUCGAAAAUGAAAUGUAAUGAGAAAAACAAAACAUAACAAGAAAAAGAAAAAAAAAACUCUAUAAAUAUAUUUAAUAUAGCCAGUCGAUGCACAAAGUCCGUAAUAGAAAAUAAAGAAAAAUCUUUUAAAAAUAUGAAAAAAGGGACCUACAC